AUGAACAAGAGUUUGGAAGAGGUAGCUAAAGAUUAUCUGUGUGAUCUUAUCAAUAGAAGGCUAGUUCAAAUUCACAAGAAGAGUUUGGAUGGAAAAAUCAAAUCAUGUAUGGUUCAUGAUAUAUUACAUGAAUUUUGCUUGAAAAAAGCAACUAAGGAGGAUAUUGUGGAGGUUAGUUGGAUGGCAUAUAAUAAGUUUCUUGAAGGGCAUCGUUGGCUAAGUCGUCAGGUUGAUUGUUGGUCAGAUACUACAAGUUAUUUUACUAAUUCUUCACUUAAAACUCGUUCCCUUUUCUACUUAGAUGAAAAUUCAUAUCUUGCAAAGUCUUGCUUGAUAUUCUCGUCAUCUUUGAAGUUGUUAAGAGUAUUGGACUUAUCACUAACAAAAUAUUGGCAUGGCAUGCCUUGUGAGAUUGUGAAUUUGGUUCAUUUAAGAUACUUAGCUUUAAAAACUAUAGGUUCUGUUUGUAACUCUCAAUUGUUUAAGCUCCAAAGUUUGCAAACUCUCAUUCUCUCUGCGUGGACAAAAGAGUAUCAAUUGCAACUGCCAUGUGAUGUUUUGGAUUUGCCAUGGUUAAGGCAUGUACGCUUUGACAAGGGAUCUUCAUCUUAUCUCCCAAACUUGAUUCAAGAAAACUUACAAACUCUUUCAUGGUUCAAAGUUAUCGGCCGGGACUCAAGGACAACAAACUUUACAAAAGUUCCAAACCUGAAGGAAUUGGGGAUCUACAUUGAAGGUGAAGUAUUGCCUAAUGCUCUUGACAACCUUGCUCAGUUACAUCAACUUGAGAAGUUAAAGGUUAAAAUGGGAAGGGUGGAGCGGUUUAAUCUCCCAAAUUGUUUUCCAUCAAACCUCAAGCAAUUGACCCUUAGUAAUACAUAUCUUUCGUGGGAAGAUAUGGACAUUAUUGGUAAUUUACCCCGCCUUGAUUUGCUCAAAUUGAAAGAUUUUGCUUUUUGUGGCCCCGAGUGGACACUAAGGGAUGGGGAGUUUCUACAACUAAGGUUCUUACUGAUUGAGCGCUCUGAUCUAGAAAAUUGGAAUGCAAAUGCAAGCCAUUUCCCAACUUUGGAGCGUCUAAUUCUAAGAUAUUGUUGGGACUUGGAAAAACUUCCAAAUGAUUUUGAAGAGGUUUGUACAUUGCAGUUAAUUGAGUUAGGGAAUUGUUGUUCUUCUCUUUUCACUUCAGCAAAGGAGAUUCAACAAGCACAACGAGACUUGGGAAACGAAGGACUUGUUGUUCGUGAUGCAACUAAGGUCUCUCUCUAA